AUGUGUGGACGAAGCGCUCUCUCUCUUGCUCCUCCUCAAUUCAGAAAUGUGGCCAGCAGACAACUAGGAGCGGAUAUGCAUCAGACUGUGUGGAUCGGACAGGCUCUUUUCAAGCCUCUGUACAAUUUCAGCAUGGGAGGAUGUUUGCCAAUUAUUUAUUAUGAUCCAACUAUUUGCGAUGAUGAUGCUGAAAAAUUGAAAAUUUCGGAGGCUUCAGACUCUGUAAAGUUGACCACCAUCAUGAUUAAACAAGAAAAUGAUCAAGAAACUUCCAUAAAAAAGGAAAUUAAACAAGAAAUUAAAUCCGAAAUUAAAGAAGAACCAAAAGUCAAGAAAGAAGAAGAGCUUUCACUCGCUCUGCCAAAGAUUCAUGGACUUCAUCUUCGCACCAUGACUUGGGGGCUAACCUCCUACACAAGUGACCAUCAUCAACUUAACUCUGUAAAAACUUUAAAUGCUCGAGCAGAGACAUUGCAAGAGAAACCAACAUUCAAGAGAUUGUUGAAAAAUCAAAGAGCUAUUCUAUUUGUGGAAGGAUUUUAUGAAUGGAAGAGCGCACCACUCAACACAGGAAAAAAACAACCAUACUAUAUUCACCCUAAAGAAAAAGGCACUCUUAUGUGUUUUGCAUGUCUUUAUGACAAACAGGAACCAAAUGCAACCGAUGGGUAUAAUUUCACUGUUAUAACUGUAGAGGCUGAUGAAAAAUUUGCUCAUAUUCAUGACAGAAUGCCUGCAAUUCUUACGAGCGCAUCCGACAUUAGAAAAUGGUUAGGCAUUGAUCCCACAGAUGACGUCUUGUCACUUUUGAAAACUUGUGAUUUUUCUCAACAUUUAAGCAUGUACGAAGUUUCAGAUUUUGUAAAUAGUGCAACAAAUCAGUCUGCCAAAUGCAUCAAACCUCUUAAGGAAACUCAACACGGAAAAGGAUCCUUACAUUUAUAUUUCAAGCCAGCUGCUCCCAAGCGUGUGAAAGAUGAGAUGGAAAGCAGCUGCUCAUCACGAAUCAAUGGUGGAGACAUUCCACAAAGCAACAUUAAGGAGGAAGAACCUGAGACAAAAAAGAUUAAAAAAGAAGAGCAACAAGUAUAG